GAAGAUUAUUAGAAAUUUAGUUAAAUUAUAAGUUUUUUCGCAAAAAUCCCGUAGCAGUUCUUUGUUCCGACGAAGCGACGGCGAGUGAUUUCAAUUCCCGGGAAGGUUUUGCGGCCUCAGGUACCGUAUUUUGUAAGCGUCACCGUUUUGAUCUUAUUUCAUGGCCGAGAAAGAGGAACAACAAUUGCCGAACAGUGACGAGCUUGCCGAGUCGCUCAACGAAUUCUUCACCAGUGUAUCCGAAAUGAUCAAAUCGGAUCUUCUUGGAUCAAGUAAUCAGCUGGCACUUUUAGAGAAAAUGAAUCUCAGGGUGGCAGAAGAGUAUAAAGGUCUUGGCGAUGUGGCUUCUGGAAUGAGGGUUUUUGUGGAGCAAUUGAAGGCAAAGAGUGGUGGCUUUGAUGAGUACAUCAACCAGAUUGAGAAAAUAGAAAAUCAGGUGACUGAAUUUGAAGCUGUAAUUUCAAUGCUUGAUAAGCAUAUUUCCAUGCUGGAAUCUAAAGUGUUGUCCGUUUGUCAAAACUCGGCUACAUGAAUGAAUUCCUUUGUUUGUGUUCAAAAUUCAGAAUGGUUCCUUUCAGAAUAUUUUUGCUUCUAUAUU